AGAGCGCCUGUCGGAUUCAGUUAUUAAAAUGUACCGUGAAAGAGCUGAUGUCAAAGAUGAAAAUGAGUUCUUUGAAAAGUUAAAAAGAGCAAAAAAAAGGAACUUAAGUUUUGAAAUUGAAGAUGAAGAUAUGCCUGCACCUAAAAAACAAAAGAAAAAUAACCAGGAGCCUCAAGAGUACAUUAUUGAAAAAAUCCUUAAUUUUAAAUAUGAGUCUGGUAAGGAAUAUUUUCACAUCAAAUGGGAAGGAUGGCCAGAUAGUGAGAACACAUGGGAACCAAUUGAACAUCUUGAUAACUGCCCAGGUGUAUUGAGAGAGUUCCUUGUAGAUGAAGAACUCAAAUACUGCAGUAAAAUGGAAAGUUUAAAAGAAGAACUUUCAUUUGGUGAUUUAUUGAGUGAAGAAAAUCUUAUCAAACGGUUUGAUGAAGUAGAAUCCAAUGAUAUUGUAAAAUUAAAAGAAAGUCUUACACUAAAAUUACUCACUAUGAUAGUUUUACCUCAAGAAUGUGAAGCACAAGCCACAGAGCUUGUACAAGAGACUAGAGAUCUUUUACAACUUUAUGUUCUCACUAGAAAAAGAUGUCAGCAGUUAAUGAAAUUAAGGAAAUGGGAAGAACACUUAAAUCAAGUGGACAAAUCAAAAAAACUUCUAGUAGAAAAUAACUUUGACUUAGCUGGACCCCCAGAAAAUUUUACUUACAUAAAUCAAUGUAUACCUGGCAGUGGUGUCACUAUACCUGAUGAUCCACCCAUUGGUUGUGAAUGUUCUGCAUGCAACUGUCGAUCUAAAGCAUGCUGUGGUAUGCAAGCUGGCUUAUUUGCCUACACUGCUAAGAAGAGACUUCGUGUUGCACCGGGUACCCCAAUUUAUGAAUGUAACAAAGCUUGUAAGUGCUCCUCAGAGUGCUGUAAUCGUGUAGUUCAAGGUGGCAGAAAUAUUAAACUAAGUAUUUUUAGAACAUCAAAUGGAUGUGGAUGGGGGGUAAAAACAGAGCAACAAAUAAGACAAGGGCAAUUUCUCUGUCAAUAUGUUGGAGAAGUAAUAACAUUUGAAGAGGCAGAAAAACGUGGAAGAGAAUAUGAUGCAAAUGGCCUCACUUAUUUGUUUGACUUGGAUUUUAAUUCUGUUGAGAAUCCAUAUGUAGUGGAUGCAGCUCAUUUAGGAAAUGUUUCACAUUUCAUCAACCAUUCAUGUGAUCCUAAUCUCGGAGUUUGGGCAGUGUGGGCAGAUUGCCUUGAUCCAAACCUUCCCAUGUUAGCUCUCUUUGCUACUCGUGAUAUAGACAUUGGUGAAGAGCUGUGUUUUGAUUAUCUGCAAAAAGCUUCUGACAGUGAUGAAACAGAAACAAAUGGUUCCGGUAUAAGUAAAGAUAGUUCAUAUGAUAAUGACAUUCCAAGUGGCUCUGAAGCUAACACGGGCACUACACCCGUAUCACCUGUCAAGUCUAGAUUUGAAAUACAGCAGCAGAAUAGAGCUAUGCUCAGGAAUCUCACAGAAUGUAAAUGUGGUGCUUUAAAAUGUCGCAAAUAUUUAUUUUGAUUGUUGCCCAACAUACAUAGUUUACUUCAUAAUAUUUUCAAUAGGACAGUAACUGUCAUGCAUAAAAAAGAAUCUCACAAAACAACUGUCUGUUUUUCUUAAAAGUUUUUUUAAGUUUGACAUACUGGAAAGAUCAAUUUUAACAUUGUUUGAUAAUGUUGUUUUUCUGAGAAAUAUCAGAAGUAUUCAUGUACUGUUAUUUUUUCCUUUCAAUGCAAUGUAAAGACUGUUUUAACAGAUAUAUUGUUGAAUGUUAUCUAAAUAUGUCGAGAGAUAUACAGAUGUGUUAUACUAUUUUUCUAUUGAUAAAUUGUUAAGGCUGGUACCAAUUACAAAAUUAUGGACUUGAAUAAAAUUGAAAACCAGCUAAAUGUGAUUUUCAUCAAAGAAACUCCUCACUAGAAUUUAUGGAUAUAAAAUCAUGUUUGCCUUAUUCAUAAAUAUAGAUAUAGGUGCUCAACUGUAAAUAAAAAAACUAGAAUUACUCUACUGGAUUUAUAAAAUUCCUGUUAAAAUAACAUGAAUUGAAUAGUUUAUUUUGGAUUUUUAGUUGAUUUAAUAUUAUUAAGUACAAGCAAAUUAGUCUACUGAACAACUUAAGAUUAACAUUGCAUUAUUAAUAGAAUAAGUAUUAUAAUUUUAGUGCAUAGUGAUGACUUUGCGUUAAAGUUUAAUAAAAAACAUUAUUUCACC